AUGGAGCCCUUAUAUGAAGAAUACCUGGCAAACAGUGGAACAAUAGUGAAACCUUACUACUGGCUUACCUUCAAUCUAGAUUGUCCUAAUUGCCCAUACCAUAUUCGAACAGGUGAAGAAGCAAGAAUUUCCUACAUGGAAUUUUAUCACACUUUUGGAUUCCCUUAUGGGCCAAUCCAUGCUCUAACAAAGCACCUCAUAUUUUAUGAACUAAAAACUGCUUCUGGCAGCCUGGUGCAAAAAGGGCAUGCUAGCAAUUGCACUGGGAACCAGAUUCACCCAGAAUCAAUGCUAUUUGAGACAAAAGGUUAUCUUGACUCUGCCUUAUACAACAACAGCAGCAUCAGGCAUAUCAUUCUGUAUUCCAACAAUUCUCCUUGUAACGAAGCUAGCCACUGCUGCAUCAGCAAAAUGUAUAAUUUCCUGAUGAUGUAUCCAGACAUCACUCUUAGCAUUUACUUUUCUCAGUUCUAUCAUACUGGGAUUGACUUUCCCGUUUCAGUGUGGAACCGGGAAGCUCUCCGGAGCUUGGCCAGCUUGUGGCCCCGGGUCAUCUUGAGUCCAAUAAGUGGUGGAAUGUGGCAUUUUCUCCUCAAUAACUUUGUGAGUGGUGUUUCAGGAGCAGCCCUUUUCCAGCCCAUCUUACCUGGAAGAGCACGAGCUGACAGGCACAAUGCACAUGAGAUCAAUGCUAUCACAGGAGUGAAGCCUUAUUUCACUGAUGUUCUUUCCCAGACAGAAGAGACUCGAGAUGUAAAAGCUCAGUCAGCCUUAGAGCACCACCCCUCAAAAAAUGUCUUCCCCAGAUACUCUUUCCAACUGACAAAGGGACAACUACAACCCAACCUAACCCCAGGCCCCAGGAUUCCUGUCAUCUUCGUGCUGGUGCCUUACAGAGACCUACCACCAAUCCAUGUGGAUCCAAACCCAUAUAAACCCAGAAACGUUGUAAAGCACUUAAAUAUGCCUCAAAUGUCAUUUCCAGAAACCACAGACCUUGGAAGCCCUCCCACUGGAAGGCCAGUGGAAAUCACAGGACGACUCCUUAUUACCAAAGAGGCAGAAGACAAGACCAAGACAGGGGUAAAAUAA